GCUUUGCAAAGUACUUCCCUGACGUCCCAGAGGCUUAGCAUGCAGAGGGCGUCGCAGGUGGAGCCCGCACCCGGGGAUGCGAUGAUGCAUACCCCCGUGACAGAGCGAGCGCUCAAGAAGCAGGUGGAAUCCCCAACCACACCGCUCGGUCACGGUCUCGCCAAUGCUCCGACGCCUGGUGUGUCCACACCAGAAGUUACGACGUUAGCACCAAAGCCAUGCCGGGCAUAUCCUAGUUCUCCUGGAGGCUUUAGCUUGCCAGAUGACCCGGAAUGCAGCCAGGAAUUGAGAGAGGUUCUUCGUGGUGGAGAGGCCCACCGGCGCAUACUUGACCACGGGAAAGACAUCCUGCAGUCUUCGUCCGGUGAAGCCCACGCUGAUCACAAUCGUCCAUUAAGCUCAAUCAGCACAAGUGCUGGGCCAACUCCAAGCCCCGACGGCCGGACGAGCCCGAACUUCGCUCCAGCCGUGGCAGUUGGCACCCGGCGAAAUGCUCCAAGUAAGGCUCGAACGCUGCAAAACAGCAGCGAGGGCUUCGCGCGAGAUUCCAAGGCCUUCCCAACACAAGUUCGGAAAGUUUUCGUAGGCGGCAUUCCCCAGGACAUGCAACAGGAGGAUUUGCUCAAGCUGUUCAGUGAGAUAGCUCCAGUGAAGAAGGCUUGGGUUCAGCGAUACAGAGACGCCACGAAGGUGAAAUCUCCAACUUCGCACAACCACCGCGGUUUCGGCUUUGUGAUUUUCCAAGAAGCUACUGCCGUAGAUCGCUUUCUCGGUUCAGAGGUCUCCAGGUUCAUUCCUGUGAGGGAUGGUCGCAAGCUUGAAGUCAAGCGAGCGAUUAGCAGCACUGACAUGCCUGACGAUGGUUUGAGGCGGUCAGAAGAGUCUUCAAAAGGACGUGGAAUGCACACGGCAGAAUCUGCUGGUAUGCCUGUGCCUGGCAAGAACUCCCAGAGAUGUGGAGCUUGCAAUGGUCCACAGCCUGCGGCAUGGCCUGAUGGAUGUGGAGGCAGCGUCGCCACAUCAGUUGCCGGGCAAAGUUUUGCAAGCAUUGCGCAGCCAAUGCCGGGCAUCAUGAUGCCAUCACCUGGAAUGAUGGUUGCGCAAGCGUCGCCAUCACCAUCCCCAUGGCCGACCAUGGGAGGCGAGCAUCCACAGUCGAUGACGCCACCUCCACAAGUUCAGCCAGUGAUGCCAGCCGUUGCUGGUGUUCCAGUUGCUGCACCUGGAGUCCGUGCUCCGACUGGAAUGGUUAUGCCCCUGCCGCAACAUGGGCCUGCAAAUUUUAUGUCUAGUCAACAAGGGCAGCCUCUGCAGAUGCAAAUGGCCGUCUCACCUGUUCCUGGUGUGCCUUGCCACGAUGGUAUGUCACCUCCAGUACAACAGCCUUUCUACAAUGCAGCAUGGGCUCCAUGGGGAGUACCGCAGACGCCGAUGCCAGUGACAGCUGCAGCGUUUGCGCCACAGAUGAGCAAUAUGGCUUGGUCGACUCCAAACCAGCAGGUGCAACAGACACAGUAG